AGUUGUCACAUCUAAAGAUGCUCCCCCCACCUCCCGACGAGGCGGUGGUGUUUUUUGGCAGCACACCGACGGAUCUCUGACACCGCUGGCGGAUUGAAUGAGUGCACCGGGUGCUGGCAGCGGCACCGUAACGUGAACUAAACGGCAGAAAUACAUGGCGAGGACGGAACUUUCUGUGUAAACGCCAGAAAACACCGCGAACCCGGAGCUAGAUUAGCCGGAACCGAGUGGCGGCCACAAGCUAGCAGCUAGCCAGUCGGUGGUGUUAGCCGGGCAGCUAAUGCUAGCUGACAAGUCUAUUUUCAGUGGACUUGUGUGGCAUUAGCGGGGAAAUUAUUGUGUAAACAGUAGUGGCAACUUAUUUAGCGAGGCCUCCGUGUAUCCUAUGAUCUCACGUCGCUAGUUGUCGGUACCAACAUGUCCACGACUUCGUUGGAUAAGGAAUUACAGGAGCGACUGAGAGAGGCGUCUGCCAUCGGGGACAUCGACGAAGUGCGGUCGCUAGUGGAGAGUGGGGUGAAUGUGAACUCCCAGAACGAAAUCAAUGGAUGGACGUGCCUGCACUGGGCAUGCAAGAGGAACCAUAAGCACAUAGUGUCCUACUUACUCAGUUGUGGAGCAGACAAAGAAAUCCUCACAGCUAAGGAUGAGUUGGCCUCACAGCUCACGUCCAAACCAGAGAUCAAACGACUGUUAGGAGUUGAGGUGGAGGAAGUGCCUGAAGUCAAGGAGCCUGAGUUGCCAAUCAUCCCCAGCUACCUGUCUAACCCGCCCUUCAUGUAUUCCAAGAUGGACAACAAGUCAGAAGUCAUCCUUACCCAGCACCUUACACAAAACGGCUCUGGAGAACAUGCUGAAGACACACAGAGUGAUUCUGCCUCUAUUUCCCCAACGCAUGAGCCUCAGAAAUCCCAGAGCCUGGUCUCCAACAGCCCCACUCCUCCACCAAACCCCACCGUCAACCACAGCCAAGCCCACGCUGGGGAGUUCAUUCCUGUGGCCGAGCAAAACGGCGUGUCACCAAACACGGCCUCGUCCCACAAUCACACCGUGGUUAACUGCACAGUGCCCAUGGACCUGUCAGUGGAGCCUCACCUCGUCAACCAUGCCGACUACCCGCAUGUCGUGGCACACAACGGCACCAUGUGUUCACCCCCGCUGGCUUCACCCAGCCCCGGCCUGGCUAGCAGCAGCGGCAGCCAGGUCCAAGCCCCGGUGGCCAGCGCUAACCCGACGGUUAGCAGGCAGCAGUCGAUCCCGCAGCAGCUGAGCUACGGCCAGGGAGGUGGGCCCAUGCCAGCCUUCCAGCCGUUCUUCUUCACCAGCACCUUCCCUGUCAACGUACAAGAGUUGGUGCUGAAGGUUCGCAUCCAGAACCCCAACGCACGGGAGAACGACUUCAUCGAGGUGGAGUUGGACCGCCAGGAGCUCACCUAUCGCUCCCUCCUGAGAGUCUGCUGCCGUGAGCUGGACAUCAGCGCUGAACACGUGGAGAAGAUCCGCAAGCUGCCAAACACCAUGCUGAGAAAGGACAAGGACGUGGCUCGGCUGCAGGACUUUCAGGAGCUGGAGGUUGUGUUGGAGAAGGCAGAAGGCCUGUCGCUGUUCUCUGGGGCGGGGGGCUUAACAGACAGACCCUGCUACAACAUGAAGGCCUCCCGCCUCACGUACUAGAGCCGCCACACGGCCCGAGGUCUCCCCGCUUACCGUGGGCUUCUGUAGCUACCCUCCAGCAACCGUAACUAGCUGCCCGCCCAGGUCCCCUGUUCCAGCUUUGUUCGGCUUUGGUGUUUUGCCAAUUUCCUGACUGGGAUUUGUUUUUUCAACUGUAGCUAUUGUCCUCCUCCUGUCCUCCUCCGGCCCUCCUGCCGCUUUAGUGUACCCAACCAGUUGUAAGCGAUUACUGAUGCAUGGUGUCCUCGGUUAUGUGCGAAAGUAUUUGGGCCCCUCUCUCUCUCAUCUCUUUAUCUUUCUCUCCUCCCACUGCACUUUGUGCCAAGGCUCUAUUGGGACAACAGAGGGGGACGUUGGCUCGUCUUCCUCAUGGGCUGGACUUGAACGGGAUUCUGCAAUAGCCUUACAUGGACACGUUUCUACACCGGCUGUGGACUUUGGUCGUAGAGGACCACGGUCCGAGAAGAGCAGAGGACGACGGGACGGUUUUACGUAACUGAUCUGAUCAUUUUCAGUCCACAGAACGGGACUGGAGAUGCAGCACAGUCGACUACUUGCACACAGCAACUUGGAUUUCUAGCAAACAGACCUAUAUCAGAUAUGCUCGCUUGUGUACACACUUUCAUACAUGCUGUAGGCAGAAACCUUAGUGUCUUUCCUGCAGAAGGUGUCCGUUGUUGGCCUAAUUCUUAAGGUGGAAUUUAGGGAUCUCUGACUAAUAGUAUUUUAUUGGCUGAUCACUUAAACGAUGCUUUAAUCUGCAUCCCCACAAAGACGGACACGUUUCCCUCCAUAUUUAAAUCAUUCAGUCACACACUGUGCUAAAGGUUUUAGUUCUGUUUAGAGAAUCUAUCUUUUGUCUUUUUUAUGUGAGACAAAAAGCUUCAUUUACAUAAUAGACAUAAAAGUGCAACAAGUUGAAGCAGGACUAUUUUAUUUUUCUUUUUUUAAUGAUGCAAAAUCAUUCAAGUUCUGUUGAGUCAGCAGAACACUUAAACUGUCUGCUGCGAAGUAUUUCUAUUAAACGUUGCUUCUUGCUAAUAAAGCGAGAGCGUGCAUCACGUUUCAGUGACGAGUCCCAGCAGAGGCUGAGUUUGAGGCUCCCUCUGGAUUAUUUUUUCAAGUCUUCUGCCGAACGUUUUCAGUUGCUGUCGUCGUGUUUAACUGUGAUUAGAAUCAAAACCAAAAACUAACCUAGCCAGCAAAGAUACUAACUGCAGAACAAACUAUCACUGCUUCAGAACAAGAGGAAAGAAAAUAAGAGACGGAAGAGGACAUAAAUAUCCCGGGUUUUAUCAUUUUGUGCUUCCUUAUUCCACCGACAUUAAAACAAAUAUCUCUUUUUUUUCCCUUUGGUGCACCGUCGGCUCAGUUUAAAUCUGUUAUACAGUGACUAGACUUUUAAUUUAACGAGUAAAGACAACACAGAACAUCAGUACAGGGCUUUAGUUUGGUUAGCAAGGCCAGCGUAGAGUUUUAGUUUGAUUUUUGAUUUUAUUAGUUCUCUAACUGGUAGCCUAAUGGAGAUGAGUAUAAACACUAAUGGCUGAAUAUGUCCUAGAGAUGGAGACGUUUAUGCUGCUUUCAUCAUCACCUGAUAUUCCUUUGGAUGCUGGGGCUCGUUUGUUUUAAACAGUAGGCGGGCGUUAAACGUCCCACAAUCAAAGUUUCUACCCAGUGCUAACUGUUUACUGUUCAAAAUGUAUACCUGAAGCUCUUACUGUAUUUGUAUGUUUUAUGAUCUAUUUUUUAUUAAUUUGUAUCUAUUUUUAACCAGCUAGGCCUGUUGUGUUUGUGUCAAAAAAUAAAAACCGAAGUCAGAAGAAGAAGCACCGAGAUGCUGUUGAAGCCGAGUGCAAUGUGAGGGGAGGAGAAAGCAGGAAGGACCACCGAGAGUGCUUAUUUUAUGUUAAACGCUUUAUUAAGUGACGGUAUGCCACAUGUGGACGGCAGGCUGGGUGAGAGAAUGGGAGGAAGCGACUGAGAGCAGCACGCCAGCGGUCGGUUUUUAUAGAAUCCGGUUUGGUUCUGUUGAAAGGAGACGACUAACAUUGUAUUUGUUGGGUUGCUUAUUGUUCUAGAAAAAGCAGAAUACAGUUUGACUUAACCUAUGCAUUCAGAGUCUGAUAUUUUUAUAUACGGUACGUUCUGUGUACUUGUAGAAAUGAUCUUAGGCAUUGUUCAAAUUGUGUUUAACUCGUUCUGGAGACCUGUAUCUGUUCUUUGAUAAAAGCAUGGUAAAUUA